AAGUGCCGCGGAGUUGGAGCGGGGCCGGCGCCGCGGCCGCUUCUGCUGGCCGAACUGCUGCCGCCGCCGGGCGGACGGGCGGACGCGCAAAGCCGGGGGCGAGCGCGGCGGGACGCGGCGGGGCGGACCGGCCCCGAUGAGGCGCAAAGAGAAGCGGCUCUUGCAGGCGGUGGCUCUGGCUCUGGCGGCCCUCGUCCUGCUGCCCAACGUGGGGCUCUGGGCUCUGUACCGCGAGCGGCAGCCCGACGGCAGCCCUGGGGGAUCGGGGGCGGCGGUGGCCCCCGCGGCGGUACAGGAAUCACAGGGUCGACAAAAAAAGACAUUUUUCUUGGGAGCUGAACAAAGGCUGAAGGACUGGCAUGACAAAGAGGCUAUCAGGAGGGAUGCACAGCGCGUAGGACAUGGAGAACAGGGGAAGCCUUACCCCAUGACCGAUGCCGAGAGAGUGGACCAGGCAUACCGGGAAAAUGGAUUUAACAUCUACGUCAGUGAUAAAAUCUCCCUGAAUCGCUCUCUCCCUGAUAUCCGGCACCCAAACUGCAACAGCAAGCUCUACCUGGAGACACUCCCCAACACCAGCAUCAUCAUCCCUUUCCACAAUGAGGGCUGGUCCUCUCUGCUGCGCACUGUUCACAGCGUGCUCAACCGCUCACCCCCAGAGCUAGUGGCGGAGAUCGUGUUGGUCGAUGACUUCAGCGAUCGAGAGCACCUGAAGAAGCCACUGGAGGACUACAUGGCCCUUUUCCCCAGCGUGAGGAUUCUCCGGACCAAGAAACGGGAAGGCCUGAUAAGGACCCGAAUGCUGGGAGCUUCAGCCGCCACUGGGGACGUCAUCACGUUCUUAGAUUCACACUGUGAAGCCAACGUCAACUGGCUCCCCCCUUUGCUUGACCGCAUCGCUCGGAACCGAAAGACCAUCGUGUGCCCAAUGAUCGACGUCAUCGACCACGAUGACUUCCGGUAUGAGACUCAGGCUGGGGACGCCAUGCGGGGUGCCUUCGACUGGGAAAUGUAUUACAAACGGAUCCCAAUCCCUCCAGAGCUGCAGAAGGCUGAUCCCAGUGACCCAUUUGAGUCUCCCGUGAUGGCUGGAGGGCUGUUCGCUGUGGACCGGAAGUGGUUCUGGGAGUUGGGUGGAUACGACCCUGGCUUGGAGAUCUGGGGAGGGGAGCAGUAUGAGAUCUCCUUCAAGGUGUGGAUGUGUGGGGGCCGCAUGGAGGACAUCCCCUGCUCCAGAGUGGGCCACAUCUACAGGAAGUAUGUGCCCUACAAGGUCCCGGCUGGAGUCAGCCUGGCCCGGAACCUGAAGCGAGUGGCAGAGGUAUGGAUGGAUGAAUAUGCCGAAUACAUCUACCAGCGCAGACCGGAGUACCGCCACCUCUCAGCCGGAGAUGUCGUGGCCCAAAAGAAGCUCCGAGGCUCCCUCAACUGUAAGAGCUUCAAGUGGUUUAUGACCAAAAUUGCCUGGGACCUGCCCAAGUUCUACCCACCUGUGGAACCCCCAGCUGCGGCUUGGGGGGAGAUUCGCAAUGUGGGCACAGGACUGUGCACAGACACGAAGCACGGCACGUUGGGCUCCCCGCUAAGGCUCGAGACCUGCAUUCGGGGCCGCGGGGAGGCUGCCUGGAACAGCAUGCAGGUCUUUACCUUCACCUGGCGGGAGGACAUCCGGCCUGGAGACCCUCAGCACACCAAGAAGUUCUGCUUCGACGCUGUCUCCCAUACCAGCCCAGUCACCCUCUACGACUGCCACAGCAUGAAGGGCAACCAGCUGUGGAAAUAUCGCAAGGACAAGACACUGUACCACCCUGUGAGCGGCAGCUGCAUGGACUGCAGCGAAAGUGACCACAGGAUCUUCAUGAACACCUGCAACCCCUCCUCCCUCACCCAGCAGUGGCUCUUCGAACACACCAACUCUACAGUCUUAGAGAAUUUCAACAGGAACUGAGUUCUUAGACCUCGACAAGCCCCUCAGGUCUCUGUGGAGCUCAUAAACCUUCCUCCCGUGGGAGAAGAGGCAUCUGAGCCAAAUGGUUUGGGACAGGAGGGUUCUUGAAGGACUUGCGGCGGCGGUGGGGCCCCGGGGAGAACAGACCGUAUAAGCAGCUCUCCAAGAAGUCGGAGCCUGCAUACAUCGUAGCAGAGCUCACCGGCCUGUCGGCCUGUCCCCUAAGUGUUAGGAAUCACCUGCGCAGCCUUGAGCCAGAAAAUCAGUCCCAUGAGGUUGCCCAGCCCUUGGGCCACUUCCAGACACGGCCAUGCCCUAGAAAGAAAGGUGGUAUUGGCCUUGGGGCAGCUUUUAAGCCUGUGUGCUAGCUGCUGGCAGGGAAGUCUGCCCGUGCUGAGGGGGAACUGCCAGUACUGCACAGCUUCUGUGUUGGUCCAGGGCAGUGAGAGUCCAUUGGGACCUCAGAGUGUUCCAUAGCUAGCGCUGGCCAGCAACCAGGCAAGGGGCCCCUCACUCGCAGCCAGAUGUAAAGGACAUCUCCCCUGGCUCUCUGGGUAUUUCAGAUGCCCGUUCUAGUUUCAGGGCUAUCUGGCACCAGGUUGUCAGGGCUAGUUCAGCUGGCUAAGUAGACCUCCAGACCCGAACAGCUCCCAGCCGACGCUUCCAGAGCCCUUUCUCUGUGCUUUCCUUGGCAGCCCCCUGCCUUGGAGAGGAACCGGUGCUGUGAGGUACUCUAGAGUCCCCUGGGGGGUAGCUUCCCCCAGCUAAUGACUGUUGUGGUACCAACCUCACAGAACCCUGGAGUUUCUGGGAAGUGCCGUGGUUCUAUCGAAAGCAAAAAUGAGCCGUGGCAUGUGUGGGCAUAUACCGCAAGCAGCCAGGUGUCAGGCAACCCCCACCCAAGCAGAGGCAGUGGGGUACCGGAAGCUUUGUUACAACCCAGUGCCUGACCAUCACAGCCACAGCCUUGUGAGGAGUGAGGACAUCACUUUUAACCCAAACAAGAACUCACCCUCCAAUGAUUUGGUCACUCGAUCUUAUCACUUGCCAGGGAAGUAACUGAGAUGUGGUCUUAGGGACAGAGCUCUGCCUUAGAGAUGCUGGGAUCGGGGUCAUCGAGUCCCCAGGUUGGCCAGGUGGCUGGUGCAAAGCCACCUCCAUGCCCCCUGUGCUGUCACUGCUCAGUUGCGGAUCUCUAGUGUCCUUUUCCGUAGGGGCAUUCUACCUGACAAGUGGCCGGCUGGGAAGGAGUCAAAAAGGGGGGGGGGGGAGUAAGUUGGUGUCUAGAAUCCAGCGGGGAUGCGUGUUGCAGCCAAGGGGAGUUGAGUCCUCAGAGAGCAAUGCGGCCUCGUUUCAAUAAAAACCGUGCCUUUUACAAAGAAAAUGCAACCGAGCAGCUGAUUCCCUAAACUUGAACCACUUAUUAGUGCCUUGUUAGACAAACAGACAGGGGCAGGUGGAGGAGGGAUGCUUAUGCAGGUCCUGUGAGCCCAAUGACUGACUUCAAGCAGAAAGUGCUGGGCUUGGAGCAGAAACUGAGGCCCAGAGGCCACCAUGGCAGGGACAGCUGCCUAUUGGUACAGCCCUCCCUGAGACAGGACAGCUCUAGUAGCCUGUAAGUUCUAGAGACCUGACAACCCCAGAAGUGUUCUGCCUGUCCCUCACUAUCAGGAGCGAGCUGGGCAGCUGGAUUUCUAGGUGAUGCCAAGCCAGUGGUUAAGGCAGAUGCUGCUGCAAGCCAUCCCUGGCUUCGCUCACUCGCUUGCUCGCUCGCUCACCCGAUCCGUUCCAUUCUCAUCUGGUUUGUCCCCUUCCUUCUCCAGUGGUCACUUCCUCUGAACUCACCUCAGCAUUUGUGACUGCUGAACUCUGACCUUAGGGCAUAAGGUUUGUGGAGGCAUGUCACCAUAGGAAGGACCAGGUUGGCUUGGUGGCUGACUGCAGAUACUUAAUUCCCAACUUGUUUUGGCUUCAGGCGUGGAAAUCCUUGUCCCGAAGAGUCGGGUUUCUACUCUACAUGGGCAGAAGGGCCUGUGGACGUGCCACCGCCCAAGCAACUGGCCAGGCAGCUGGCCUCUUUUCCUCCAAAGUUUUAUUCAGAGGCUAAGACUGCAAAACAAGAUGUGGUUAGAAAGGCAGCCUCCCCUACGCCCCAGAGGUUCCAGAAACAUUUUGGAAUGCAGCGUCCUUGCCAUGAGGCCUUUGUGUGGCUGUCUUACCCUGCCCUACCUACUAGAGCUUCUGGCUUUAAAAAGCAGCCAGCAAUGCUAGAUCUUCCGUGGUGGCAGUGGGCUGCUCUGGUGGGCAGCCUAGUGGAUUUCCAAAGGUGGCAUCACGACUACCCUUCAGUCCUUCCCGUUACGCUCCUCCCUGUGUGUAGCUGAGAAGUGCAGACCCCUCACCUCAGCAGUCCCUACUUCUCCCAGAUGAGGCUAUCUGCAUCCGGUCUCAGGGCGGCUUGUUUGUCUAAAGACAGGCAGUGUGAAAGAGACAAAGAGUGCAGGUCCACCCUGAAUUUGUCAACACUUGCCUCUGAGGCUUUCUAACGGCAAAUCCUAGUCAUAUUUUGGUUCAAGGUUUUGAUGCUGAGCCAGGGCCCUGCUGCUACCAUUGGGUGAGAGUGGUAGCUACCCCUCUGCAGGUUUCAAGAUCUUCAGUGUUCCACUCUGCUCUGACAGGAAGCCCAGGGGCUGCAGGCAGGGAAGCUGGGCACUGAGACAGGGUUCUGUAGGGGAAACCCAAGACCACCCACCUCUCCUUGGAAGAGUGAGCUUUGUAAAAGAUGACUUACCAUGUUCAAUUGUGACUGGUUGUUCAAUAAACCUCCAGACUUUCUCUAAA